CCUUGUGAUCUUUUCCAAUAACCUGAUCUACGAGGGGAACAAGUUUUAAUUGCUGAUAUUAUCAGAGACCUAGGUGUCAGUAAAAGACCAUUUUUGUCACAUCCAUAAUGAAUCAUAAGAUCUUGAUCUCAAUCGGCUGUCCAUCCAUGAGAUAGCUGCUGGCCUGAGAUAUUACGAUUCAUCUCCCCUUCCGCAAAGAGAACCUGAGAAGGAAGAAAAGAGACCUAUUGCUUUCAGCACUUCUUCAUUUGUUGGACUUCUGUCGUUGACAGCCAAUCACCAGAUUGUUGAACAAGGAAGAGCCUUUUUAAAGCGAGUCACACAGAGGUGUGAACCACUUUUCUGUUCUUUUUCUUUUUGCCUACAGAAGGAACAGAAGAGAAGGUAGAUGCAGAUCUACCUAGAGCUGAGCAACAAGGCAAAGAUGCCCAUUCUGGGAUUAGGAACAUGGCAGUCUCCUUUAGGAAAAGUGAGAGAUGCCAUUAAGCUGGCAAUUGAUAUUGGGUACCGGCAUUUUGACUGUGCUCAUCUCUAUGAAAAUGAAGAUGAGAUUGGAGAUGCCAUCCAGGAGAAGAUACAGAAACAGGAGGUGGCACGAGAAGACCUUUUUGUCGUCAGUAAGCUGUGGUGCACAUUUCAUGAGAAAUCCAUGGUGAGAGGGGCAUGUCAAAGAACGCUUGCAUCUCUAAAGUUGGAUUAUCUAGACCUCUACCUCAUGCACUGGCCCAUGGGAUUUAAGGCCGGAGAGGAGUUUUUCCCUGAAGAUGAGAGUGGUAGGAUAGUGCCCAGUGAUACAGAUUUUCUGGACACAUGGGAGGCAAUGGAGGAGCUAGUGGAUGAAGGUCUGGUGAAAUCCAUUGGAAUUUCUAACUUUACUUGUGAACAGAUAGAAAGACUCUUGAAUAAACCAGGAUUAAAAUACAAACCAGUGGUUAACCAGAUCGAGAGCCACCCAUACCUGCCUCAGGAAGAACUGAUGAAUUUUUGCAAGUCCAAAGGGAUUUCUGUAACUGUGUAUUGCCCUCUUGGAGCUCCCAGAUGGCUGUGGUCCAAAUCUGAUGCCGCUUCUCUCCUGGAUGACCCUGUGAUCAAAGAAAUUGCAGCUAAACACAAUAAAACAACAGCCCAGGUUUUGAUCCGUUUCCAGAUCCAAAGAAAUGUGAGUGUAAUCCCCAAGUCAAUUACCCCACAUCGUAUUAAAGAGAAUUUUGAGGUGUUUGACUUUGAAUUGAGCCCAGAAGAAAUGCGAACUCUACUCAGCUCAAACAAGAGACACAGGAUCUGUACGAUAGAAAAGAGCAGACUCCAUAAAGAUUAUCCUUUCAAGGAAGAUAACUGAAGGCAUCAUAUAACCCAUGAGAAACCAGCCAAGCAGCUUCCUGUUUGCAUUACACCUUUCAGCAGUCACCCCAGCAAAGGAAAAUUACUUGUGAUACUCCCAGCAGCUCAUACCUAGACACAUGUAAAACCAAAAGGAAAAGAAAAUAUUGACCUAACUCUGCUUAAUUGCAGUAGCUUUAGAUGCUUUGUGCCAGUUUUGUUUUCACUAGAUCAAUUGUAGGAGACAUUUGGUCCUCCAGAUGUUUUAGCUUGUAAUUACCAUCACUCCCACUCAGCAUGGUCAGUGGCAAUGAGUUAUGGGAAUUAUAGUGUAACACAUCUGAGUAUCUGUUGUAUCUGCACUAUAUGGUUUAAGAAUUACAUAUUCAAGCAUUACUCUCAAAAUGCCUUUUGAAAUAAA